CCUUACACAUUGGCGCAUAUAUAUACAUGCACAGGCACUCACCUGGUCACCGAGAAUGGACGAAUCCUGGAGGAUGCGAAUGGGAGCGCCGACGAGAACGAAAACGAGACAGAGCCUUCCUCCACGGCGAUCGACGGAGGAAACCUCGGCGCGGCGAGCCGCCGUGUACGGUGGUGAGUCCGAGACUCUAGCCGCCGAAGACUUCAGCGACGUCUUCGGUGGGCCGCCGCGGACCGUCCUCUCGCGCCAAUUCUCCGCCGGCGAUUUCACACGGUCGCCGGCGAAUCCGUUCUACGAGGAGAUAUUCCGGCAGCCGGAUGCGGCGGCGCCGUCGAGGAGGACGGGGAGGAACCUGCCGGAGUUCAGGAUUCCGGGGAGCAGAGAGAGGAGCGAGGGGUUUUACAGCGAUAUAUUUGGGAUUGGGAAAGAGGAGGACGGUGUGUGGAGAUCGAGGUCGAAGACGAAGUCGAAAUCGAAAUCGAAGUCGGAUUCGUCAUCGGUGUUGAGCUCAGAGGAGCUGAGCCCGCGGCGGCCGGCGGCGGCCGGCGACGAGGCUUCGUUCUCGUCGUUUGCUUCGAAGCUCAGGCCAAUAAAUGUCCCAUGUAGAUGGAAUUCAUCGACGACAAUGCCAUACCAUGAACACUCAAGUCAACCGGCUUUCCCUUACAAUCAGCCUUCUCAUUAUGACAACCGAUUUCCGGAAAACGAGUACAAUGACAACUUCAGAAGCCCCCACUUUGGAUUCCCACAAAGGGUUCCGUCCCCAGAAACCAUUAGUCUCAAUCCCAAUUCUUAUAGAAGCAUCAAGACACCCAUGGAUGAUCUUGAACUUAACUCCCCUUCAUCUGUAGUCUCUUCACUGUGUCAAGAUGUAGAGGCCAAAGCUAGUAAAAUUCAAGAUAAAGGAUACAGAGAAGAAGAGAUGGAACAAGAAGAAGAUGAAGUCAUCAGCUCUUAUGUUAUUGAGAUUAACGUUGAUAAUAGGGAAGCCACAGAUGAAGCACUAAGCGUUGACGAAGCAAUUGCAUGGGCUAAAGAGAAGUUUUAUAUGCGGAGUGAUGAUAAAAGUUGGAGCAAGAGGGGGAAAGAUCAGUCUUCUGAAGCCCAAGGUGCAGGAUUUUCAGAUGGACAGAUGGAUGGAAAUGGACCAAUGGGAUGCUCAGUGGAAGAAGAAGAAGAAGAAACAAAUGUAUGUGCACCAGAAGAUGAAGAACAAAUGGAAAAACACCAGAUGGAAAUGGAGCUACCGGAAACAGAGAUAAUGUCAUGGUCAGCUGGUAAAGAAUCAAACAUCCGGCUGCUGCUCUCAACAUUGCACCACAUUCUAUGGCCCAAUAGUGGCUGGUAUGCUAUCCCUCUUACUAACCUGGUGGAAAAUUCACAAGUAAAAAGGGCUUAUCAAAAGGCAAGGUUGUGCCUGCACCCUGACAAGCUUCAACAAAGAGGUGCAACGAUGAAGCAAAAAUGUGUUGCCGAGAAGGCAUUCUCAGUUCUCCAGGAAGCAUGGGCAGCAUACAUCUCCCAAGAUGUCUUCUACAGCUAGAGGAUGAUGAAUCCUAUGCAAACUGUUUGAACUAAACUGGAAGCACCUCAUGUAAAUUCAAUCAUGGACCCGUCUUUGGUGGAGAUGGUUCAAGAAAGCUGCAACUUUUAUACCAUAUAGGGUGUGUAACUAAUAGUCAGACCACAUAUAUACUCAGAAACUUAAUGCCCAUCAGAGAGUAUGUGAUCUAUCUUCCCCUGGUUAAUCGAUCAAUGGUGGGAGAUUGAGGAUGGUACUAAGAUUACCAUGACUGUAUCAGUUGUUGUCGAGGAAUUACUUGUACUAUAUGAUGACAUUGUUUUGAAAAAGCUUUGGAAGCAUGCCUUUUUAAAA